GCGAUUGAGCGACGACCUGAUGCGAAUGUGUCCAAACCAACAUGACCGGUCGAUUUUGAGAGUAGCCUUGUAUUUCAAAGCGGCUUGCCGCCGGACGACCGCGGUCAUUUAGACGGAGGCAACCGCCAGAGAAAAUGAAGCCGGCAGCACGCAAAAAUGGGAGUGACGUAUUCAGCGACAAACGUUUCAACCCCGCCAACCGGACGCACCUAUAGCCGACCGCUUAGGGCCGGCGGCAAAAAGAAGCCGUGCAGAUAUUUUUUGCUAUCUGAGAUAACUAGAUGCUAAGCAAGGUUUUUAUUGGAUUUCCUUCUGUUUCUCAAAUCACUUACACUUAAGUUCUAUUCAACAGAUGCUGACAGCUUUUUGGAUUCUUUGCUGUGUUUUCUGUCUUCAACUAAAUCGUAAUAAUUUUGUUCAACUUUCUAUAUUGUUUUAUCUAACAAGAAAUCAAUUAUUUUGUACCUACCCAACUGUAAACAGCAUAGAGUUGAAUUAGCUAGCUACACUUUCAGGCCCUUGUUCCCUUUCAGAGCAGAGGCUGUGUUCCCUUUCAGAGCCGCGGCUGUGUUCCCUUUCAGAGCCGCGGCUGUGUUCCCUUUCAGAGCCGCGGCUGUGUUCCCUUUCAGAGCCGCGGCUGUGUUCCCUUUCAGAGCCGCGGCUGUGUUCCCUUUCAGAGCCGCGGCUGUGUUCCCUUUCAGAGCCGCGGCUGUGUUGCCUUUCAGAGCCGCGGCUGUGUUGCCUUUCAGAGCCGCGGCUGUGUUGCCUUUCAGAGCCGCGGCUGUGUUGCUUUUCAGAGUCGCGGCUGUGCUCUAUUUCAGAGCCGCGGCUGUGCUCUAUUUCAGAUCCUUGGUACUUAAAAAUAAAUACUAUUUUUAUUUGUAUUCUAAGUGUUAAUAAAUUAAUAACUAAUGCCAGAUAAAUAGCUUCAAUCAGAUACCUCCGGUGUUCCUAGACUGUUUACAGGGCUGUAGGUGACACUGGUUCCAAUCCCCAGGUUGACAAAAAGUCAUGUACAAUCCCUGAGCAUCACCAUCACACCUAAUUACUCCCAGGUUGUUGCUAAUAAAUAAGAAUGUGUUCAAAACAGAGGAUGGAUUGGGCCGAUGUGUGUAUGUCAUUUCCUUGAACCAUAAUCAUGGAAAUCGCUUAUUGAUUAACUUUAUAAACUCUUGCUUUUGAAACUAUAUGCUCUGUUGGUUGUAGGGACAUUGGAGCGGGUCGGCUUGCCUCGUGCUCCAGCAGCUCCUCCCUUGUUUGAUGACUGCAACCUCAAUUGUGGUCGUUAGCUGGGCAAAUGCUCUUGUCCAUGUUUGGUUCUAGCUCAGGUCCCAGCUGAGGGAACGGUGUGAUAGUUACUAAGCAGAAUGAGUGGCCUAGGGUUGUCCAGUAUGCUACGGUGCUGACUACCGUGCACAUGUACUGCGGCAACAUGGGUUUGAAUCUGUUCAACUGUUCCUUCAGCACUAAUGCUCUCCCAUUGAUCCCCAGUCUUUAACAAUAAAAUAUAAAAAUGCCUUAAAAUAUACAUUUCUUAAAAAGAAAACAAUGAAAUUGUACUAACAGAAGGCCUGUUCAACACGACUUUAGUUGUAAACAAACAUAAGGUUGGAUCUGCUAGCCACUCGAGGCAAGGGUUGGGUACCAUUCGCAUUUGUACCGCUACCUGUACCCAACGGUUUCUUUUUUCAGUGCUUUUUUUGCGCUAACGUUAGCUGUGGAUGCUGUGGCUGACUUGGCUUUCAUGCUAUCAAAUACGUUACACGCUUCGCUUCAAGAAAUAUUUUAUGUUUGACCAGGUGUUUCCUCAGGUUAGACGUGUUGCCAUUGCCAGCUUUGCAUUUCGCAUCACAAAUAUUGCAGCGAGCGUUGUUGUCUGCGUCAAGUUUUAAAGUGUAACCACACUUCUGACCGCUUUCGGCUCGCCACCUUCCUGACUCUGUUGGUGUUGAACAUUGAACAAGCUGCAGGGGUGAGAUAAUCUCGCUCUCGUAGUCUGUCUUUCUCUCUAUCUCUCACCCAGAUGCGGUCUCAGUUAACGACAUUUGGCACCGAUUUUACGGGAAUCAGACGUAAUUCGAGAUUCGAUACAUUUUGUUCCAGCAUGUCUCACAACUACCCCUACAGACAACCACCAGCACCGAAAGAUCAGAGAGCCAACUCUGGCUCCUAUGACACUUCAGGUCCUCUGCACUCUGGAGACCGCAACAAACUUUACGAUCCGUACCAGGAGCCGCCAUCGCAUUCCACCAUUACAUCCUACCAACCUUCCCCGUCUAGGGCCUCCACUGAAACCUCCUCCCCUUACUCCUCUCUAGGCCAGUCAGACCAAACUCUGACCCUUCUGAAUAGCUGUGGCCUAGAGCCCAAAGACUUGUCUCUCCUGGCUGAGAUACCAGCGGGUCUCAUCACCGUGGAGAACCUACCUCACCUCCUCCUCGGGAUCAGGAAGAAGGAGGCGACACAGCAGCCGUCCUAUUUGGGUACCAGGCCUACCGCCUCCUACCCGCAUGCUGUCACAUCUCGUUCCCCCGCCACUCCUUCUCCAGGUCGUGCGUGGGAGCAGGUUGACCAGAGUCAUUCUCAACCGCUGGACUAUCCGCGGAACCCUCAGCGCUCCCCACAGCUGUUAAACAAUCCGUUGGGCCACCACCCUCCCCCCCCCCCACCUCAACCCUUUCCCAGAAAUCAGGGCCCGCUAGAUCGGCAUGGCAACCCCAUGCAGUACGCAAGCUCUAGAGUAGAACCUGUUCCAGUCCGUGUCGUUGACUACAACUACGGUAAAGAAACUCCCGGUAAUUACAAAUCUCCUAGGUCCACUUACAGCACGGCCCACAGCACUUCCCACGCGGGAACCAGCAACAACCGGAAGCUCUCCAUCUCAUCCCAAACAGCAGUCGAUUACAGGUACCCCCUUCUGCCAGCUAUGGACUACAGAUGCCAAAACCAGGAUGUCCCGGUUGUUGCAAACAAAAUGGCCCCUUCCAGCGACACUCCAACAAAGACUGCUGCUCUUGACUUCCAUGGAGAAAUCCCCCAAACAUUUCCUUAUACGUGCUCGCUGUGCGAUAUCACUGUGCUCUCUGAAAAGUUUUGGUCCUCACAUGUCAAUGGAACUCAACAUGCUGAUGGACAGCUCACGCUCCUUCAGAUGUACCCUAAAUGGGAUUGUCGGAUGCAGACUGCCAGAGAGGGUGAUGGUAGCUCAGAAAUACAGAGAUUUGAAGAGAAGACUGGUGGACCUUCCCAUAGGUCCAGCAAUUAUUUUGGCAAACCAAGUAGCAGUGCAAGGAAAAACAAGGACCCUAAGGCUAGCGCUACAAAGGUUACAAAGGGGAGUGGCAAAGUGGUUUGUGUGAAAUUUCCCACCCAAUGUCUCAAUGAAGAUGGUUUGUGUAACUUCAUUAAACAGUUCGGGGAAGUAGUGAAAGUCAUCAUGUUUCCUGCUUUGGCAUUUGUGGAGAUGGGGUCAAGUGAUCAGGCGGAGGAUCUUGUAAAGUACUAUCUUGGUAACCCAGCGAUGGUGAAAGGAGGACAAGUCACUUUUUCUGUCUCUUCGACAUUCAAUUUCCUGCAGAGUUCAAAGGUGUUGCGCUUUUCCCCUGUGCCUGCUGGGAAAGAGUCCGCCACAUGGAAGACAGAGUUGCUGGAUGUAGCUAAAUGCUUUGGGCCUGUUGAACACUCACUCUUUCUGCCUACACAGGCUUUUGUGGAAAUGACAAAUUCAGUGGAUGCACGGAAGUUUGUAGAACAACACACAACGAAACCCCUGAAAAUAGAUGGCAUACAUAUUAAAGUGGCAUUCUCUUCAGAGUACAGUACACUUCGGACCAUUUCUAUGAGGACAUCUUUGGACAGGAUGUCACCAGAUACAAACAGGGAGUCUGAAGACCAGUCUAGUAGGAAGAGAACCCCGAGCCCCAGAAAGCGAUUCCUUAGCCUGAACAGGGAUGCUUCGACAUCUCCAAAGAGGAGGAGGAAGAGUAGAGAGAGGGAUACCAGCCAUCACAAAGAAAGAGCUAAAUCUGGUUGUGGUGCUGGUAAAAGCAGGUCUAGAUCCCCCUCUGAACGUCAUGGCCAUCGGUCUUACCGAAGCCCCAGUUUCCACACUGAAGAUUGUGUCUCCGGUGCGAAGACCCCAGUCAAUACCGACCCAGAGGACAUGGCAUAUCCCUGUCUCAGUUCCACUCGCUCACAACCUCCCACCAACGACAAGACCAACAAAGCUGUCGACAACAUCAAUCAGAGCAAGCAAGACACAGAGGAGAAUUCUGACGGAGGCUUUCAGACCUGUGAUGUGGACAGCGAAUUAGAGGGGAUGGAGGUGAUCGGAGAGGAUGGGGACAUCGAGGGUAUGGCAGUUUAUGGGGAGGAUGGAGAGGAGAACUCUGACAUGGGAGAGGAGGAAGAGAGGCCAGAGACGCCAACAAAGGAAACCAAUGUGGAUAAGACAGAGGCCAAGGAGAUUGAGGAACAUAAGGAAGAGGGUGUGCAGGAAAUGGAAGAGGCACAGGAGGAAGUGCAAAAGGAAGGAGAAAGUAAGCAAGAGCAGAAGAAAGAAGAUCCGUUACAAGAUACUCCAAAGGAUCUUCCCCCACAGGUAGCUUGGCAUCCUGAGGAAGGACAACUGGAAGCGAAUGCCAAGGACAUUAAAGCCAUUUAUGAGCCUGAGCAGAAAGCAACCUCUCCAUCUAAGGAUGGAGCUCCUACAGAAGAGCUCUCAGAACAGGAAAGUGAAAGAGAGGGGGGAGACCAGACAGGGGAUGCCUCUUGCUGUGAUGAUGAGGAGGAGCCUGAUUUCCCAGAGGACCUUGAGAACCUGGUCACUUUGGAUGAACUGGAAGACGUGUCAUCGAACGAUGACCGAGAUAACCGAUCUACUGAUGAGAACAAAAGCAAGAACAUGAUCUCAGGAAGUGAUGAGCCGCCAAGAAGAGUGAUCUACAUAAGGAAUCUCCCUAGAAGCUACUACACAGACACUGACUUUGUGAAGAUCUUUAGGGGCUAUGGGAAAGUGCACCGUUAUUUCCUGCUUCGCAGCCGUGAAGAGGGCUUCAUUGAGAUGGAGAGGUCUUAUGAUGCUGCAAUGGCAAUCAAUGAUGUACGUUUGAACGGCUGUAAAUUCUAUGGUCAGAAGUUGAUGGUUAUGCUAUCUCGGAAAUAUAAAAGGCUUACAACAGGGUGGAGACCUGAGUCAGACUCUGACUCUAAUAGUGAUCACAAAAAGGAAUGUUAUAGAAGCAGCAGCAGGAGGAGGAGAGAACGGACCAGUAGCCACUCAAAGUCAACAGCCAUGGAUGAGAAGAGAAAAGAAAAGGGUGACAAGAAAACAGACAAGAAUACAAAAACGAAAAAUAGUGAUGAAGAGAUGGACAGUGGUGUAACGAAGGAAAAGAAAACAGAGAAUGAGAAGACAAAAUACUCCCCUGAAAAGAUCAAAGAGCGUUGUGCUUUAUCGGCUGAGCAGGACAACCAGAGUGACGAGGAGAACAGAGGCUUGUCUGAGGUGAAUACUGAUUCCAGGGAUAUCCCUGUUGCUGAGAAAGAGAAGCAGGGCUGUUACACCAAAGACAAAUUGGAGACAAUGCCAGAGGAUAGAGUAAAGACAAAGCCAGAAGAUAAGGUAGAAACAGAACCAGACUCCAUGACUAGUGUUGAAUCUUCAUUUGAGCCCAACAACCCAGUCGGAAGAGAAUUCAUUAAACCUGUUGUGGGCUACUUCUGCAACCUGUGUAAACUCAUCUAUGCUGAUGAGGAUGAAGCAAAGAACCAGCACUGCAGCAGCCUUCCUCACUAUCAGAAGUUUAUGGAACUUUCAGGGAAAGACAUGGUCUCUAACUGAAAAAUCAGGGAAGACGUUGUAAUGACAAGGUCUUCGGCGAGGUUAACAAGCAGUGGACCAGUGCACAUUUGUGGGUGAGGAAAGAGAAACAAAAUCUCUCCUCAAUAUAAGAAGGGCAACGGUUUACCUAAACUGGCAUCUUUUGUAAAGCGGUUGUAAAAUAUUUUGUGUUCAUCUGUAUGUGAACAAAUGUACAGUAUUUUUGUAUUUUGAUUGUGUCCUUUUAGACAUUUUAGAAACACCUCACUGUGUGCAGUGGAAGCAGCCCAAAUAUGUUUACUAUUAAUGUUCAUAGAACUGGUGUCACUGGCGCUAUAUAAGUAAAAAAUACUUUUUGCACUAGUUGACUUGGCAUAGAAGUUGACUGACAAAUUAUAUAGGUUUUGGCAAUAUUGAUUCAUAUGUUCAUUUUGGUGAUUCCACUACAAACUUCCUUGAAUGUAAUAUAGUAUUUAAUUUACACUUCUGCAAUGUUGUGCAUUUAUUUUUCUGUAUCUUCAGGAUUGUAAACGUUAGACAUCAGUGUUUUACGAUGAUUAAAACGUUGUUAAUUGCAGGA